AUGGAAGCAUACCAUGAAUUCAUCGAACCUUCAAGGAUUAGUCAUAGUGUGGGAUGUAACUUUAUAUCUCCUACUACAAAGCAUUUGAUAAUUGGUAAAGCAUCGAUACUCCAGAUCUUUGAAGUUGUAUUAUUAAAGAAAUCUACUGUUACUAAACCACAAUAUCGUUUGAAAUUAAUAGAUCAUUUUAAACUUCAUGGACAAAUUACAGAUUUGAAAGCUAUUAGAACUGUUGAAAAUCCUGUAUUGGAUUAUUUGAUAGUAUCUACUAAAUGGGCUAAAUUUUCCAUAAUAAGAUGGGAUCAUCAAUUGCAUACUAUAUCUACGGUUUCAUUACAUUAUUAUGAAGAAGCUCUUCAAAAUAUGACUUAUGAAAAACUCUCAUUUUCGGAAUUAUUAGUAGAACCUUCAUAUUAUUCAUGUGCAUGUCUUCGAUUCAAGAAUCUAUUAUGUUUCUUACCAUUUGAAACCAAUGAAGUAGAUGAUGAUGAUAUGGAUGAGGAUGAUGAUGAGCAUAUGGUAGAACAUAAAAAUUCAGUAAAUGGAAGUGGAAGUGGUGGAGCUAAUACAGGUGAAGUUGUUGUUAGUUCAGAAAAUUCAAAGGUAUUUGAUUCUAGUUUUAUAAUAGAUGGACAAAGUUUGGAUUCUUCUAUUGAUAGUAUAGUUGAUAUGCAAUUUUUAUACAAUUACAGAGAACCUACUAUAGCUAUAUUAUCACAAAAGAAUCAUGUAUGGUCAGGAAAUUUAAUUAAACAAAAGGAUAAUUUACAAUUCUCUAUACUUACAAUUGAUUUAGCUUCUAGAACUACUGUAAGUGUAUUAAAAGUAGAAAAUUUACCUUAUGAUAUAGAUAGAAUUAUUUCCUUACCUUCACCAUUAAAUGGAUGUCUCUUAUUUGGUUGUAAUGAAAUAAUUCAUGUUGAUAAUGGAGGUAUUGUUAGAAGAAUAGCAGUUAAUCAAUUCACUCCUUUAAUUACUGCAUCUACAAAGAAUUACCUUGAUCAAUCUGAUUUAAAUUUAAAAUUAGAGAAUUGUAAUGUAGUAUUAAUCCCCAAUGAUCAUAGAGUACUUUUAGUUCUUAAUAAUGGAGAAUUUUAUUAUAUUAAUUUUGAAGUUGAUGGAAAAUCAAUUAAAUCACUUAAUAUUGAAGUUAUUGAUAAGAUCUUAUAUAAUAGUGUUAAUUUGGUAUAUCCCGGAGAUAUCACUGUUCUUGAUAAUAACUUAUUAUUUUUCACUAAUCAAAAUGGUGAUAGUCCAUUAGUGCAAUUCAAAUAUAAAGAUUCAUCAAUCAAAUCAGAAAAAUCUAAUGGGAAGCCAACUGUGAAUGGUAAAGAAGAAGUUGAAGAGGAAGAUGAUGAUGACUUUUAUAAUGAUGAAGAAGAAGAACAAAAGAUUGUUUUAAGUAAAUCAUCAAUUGAAUUCUUACUUCAUGAUGAAUUAAUGAAUUUUGGUGUAACAUCUUCAUUUACUCUUGGAUACUAUUCAACUGAGAAAUAUAUUGCUAAUUUAAAGAAUCCAAAUUAUAAUGAAGUUUGUAUAGUAUCCAAUUCAGGAACUCAUAUUCAAGGUAGAUUAAAUAUUAUAACUCCAACUGUUCAACCUAAUAUUGUAUCAUCAUUAACAUUUUCUCAAGUUAAUCGAAUGUGGAAUAUAAAUCAAAAAUUCUUAAUUACUUCCGAUGAUAUUAAUAGUAAAUCAGAAAUUUUUCAAAUUGAAAAAUCAUUUGCUAGAUUAAAAUCUAAAGAUUUUAUUAAUAAUGAAGCUACGAUUUCUAUGCAUGAAUUAAAUAAUGGUAAAUAUAUUUUACAAAUUACUCCUCAUAAGAUUAUAUUAUAUAAUAAUUCAUUUAAGAAACGAUUAGAAUUACAUGAAGGAAUUUCAAAUGAUGAUGAAAUUAUUAAUAGUACUUUAAAGGAUGAAUUCUUAAUGAUUUUUUUAUCUAGUGGUGAUGUAUUAAUUUUAGCAAUUAAUACAUAUAAUGAAACAUUUACAAAAGUUGAAAUUCCUAAAAUUUUAAGUGAUGUUAUUAUAACUUCUGGAGCUAUUACAAAUUCUCGAUUAUUAACUGCUGUACUGAAAAAUAUUAAUUUAGCUAUAAAUAAAGGUCAAAAGAGAAGUAGAAUUUCUACAUUAUCUUAUCAAAUGGCUCCAACUGAUAUUGGACCAAAACUGAAAACAUUUAUAUUAGUUACUGGUGAUAAUAGAAUAGUUGCAUUUAAUAGAUUUCAUAAUCAAAAAUGUUUCCAAUUAAAUGAUGUUGAUAAAUUUACUGAUACUUUAACUUUAGCAUUUUUUGAUCCCAAACAAAUUUAUCCUGAUCCUUUUAUAAAACAAGUUAUAUUAGGAGAAUUAGGUGAUAAAGAUCAUAAAGAAGAAUAUUUAACUAUUUUAACUAUUGGAGGUGAAGUAAUAAUGUAUAAACUAUUUUAUGAUGGAGAAAAUUAUAGAUUUAGAAAAGAAAAAAAUUCUGCUUUAACAGGAGCUCCAGAUAAUGCAUAUCCUUUAGGUACAGCUAUUGAAAGAAGAUUAGUUCAUUUUUCUAAUAGAAAUGGAUUUAAAUAUAUUUUUGUAACUGGAGUAACUCCUUAUAUUAUAUUAAAGAGUUUACAUUCAAUACCUCGAAUAUUUAAAUUUUCAAAAAUUCCUAUACUUUCAAUAUCUUCAUAUGCUGAUUCUAAAGUUACAAAUGGAUUAAUUUAUUUAGAUAAUCAUCAAAAUGCUAGAAUUUGUGAAUUAGCAUCUGAUUUUAGUUAUGAAAAUACUUGGCCAAUUAAAACCGUUCAUGUAGGUGAACUGAUAAAAUCAAUUGCUUAUCAUGAAACAAGUAAUACUUAUAUUGUUUCAACUAUUAGUGAAAUUCCUUAUGAAGGUAUAGAUGAAGAAGGUAAACCAAUUGUUGGAAUUCAUAAUGAUUUACCAAGACCUGAAUCUUUUAAAGGUUCUAUUAAAUUAAUAUCUCCUUAUAAUUGGACUGUUAUUGAUUCAAUAGAAUUUAAAGAUGAUGAAGUUGGAAUGUCUGUUAAAUCAAUGGUUUUAGAUGUGGGUAAUUCGAAGAGAUUUAAAAAUAAACGAGAAUUAAUAACAGUUGGAACUGGUAAAUAUAGAAUUGAAGAUUUAUCAUCUAAUGGUGCAUUCAAAAUUUAUGAAAUUAUUGAUAUUGUUCCUGAACCAGGAAAACCUGAAACUAAUCAUAAAUUUAAAGAAAUGUUUCAAGAAGAUACUAGAGGUGCUGUUACAUCAAUUUGUGAAGUUAGUGGAAGAUUUUUAGCAGCUCAAGGUCAAAAAAUUAUUGUAAGAGAAUUAGAAGAAGAUAGUGUAGUUCCAGUGGCAUUUUUAGAUACUUCAGUAUAUGUAACUGAAGCUAAAAGUUUUGGAAAUUUAGUAAUUUUAGGUGAUUCUAUUAGAAGUAUUUGGUUAAUUGGAUUUGAUGCAGAACCAUUCCGAGUUAUUAUGUUGGGAAAAGAUUUAAGUAAUGUUGAUGUUAAUUGUGCCGAUUUUAUUACUAAAGAUGAAGAAAUUUAUGUAUUAUUAGCUGAUAAUAAUAAUAUUUUACAUUUAGUUCAAUAUGAUCCUGAAGAUCCUUCAUCUUUAAAUGGUCAAAGAUUAAUAUCUCGAGCUUCAUUUGCUUUAACUUCUUAUGUAACUUGUAUGAAAAAAAUUCCUCGAAGUGAAGAAAGUUAUGAUGCAGAUACAGGAAUUCAUGAAUUUACUACUUCUAAUGAUUUUCAAACUAUUGGUUCUACUAUUGAUGGUUCAUUCUUUACUGUAUUCCCCAUUAGUGAGGCUACUUAUAGAAGAAUGUAUAUUCUUCAACAACAAUUAAUUGAUAAAGAAUAUCAUUAUUGUGGUUUAAAUCCUCGUUUAAAUCGUUAUGGAGGUUUAUCAUUAAUUGGAAAUGAUACUAACACAAAACCAAUUUUAGAUUAUGAUGUAAUUAAAACAUUUGCCAAAUUAAACGAAGAUAGAAAGAAAAACUUAUCUAGUAAAGUUAGCUCAAAGAAUAUUUCUCAAGAUAUCUGGAAGGAUAUAAUUGAGUUCGAACAUGUUCUACAAGGACUAUAG